CAGUACGCAAUGCCGCACUGUUUACGUUCGCUGCGUCAGGUUUUCAGAGUGGAGUUCAUGUUUUUUUUUUUUUUUAAAGAUUUCUCCCAGUUGUGUGUGUGUGUGUUGUGUUGUGUUUGAAUAAUUCUUGUGUUCAUUGCGGAUUUUUUUUUUCUUCUGUCUUCCUGCGGUGGAAUAAAACAACGGGACGGCCACACACACACACACAAAAAAAACUAUUUAAAAAUAAUAAUAAUUAAAAAAAAAAAAAAGAUGUCCGAUAAGCAACAGAUCACAAUGCAUACAGAUAAAUGGCAUCCAAAAAAUUAAAAACACAUAUAUACAAAAAAAAAAAAAAAAAAAAAAAAAAAAAUGCUGAUAGAAGUCUGAACCGCGGUGAGCGAAAAAAAAUUAUAAUCAACCACCAGGGAGGUCAGAUCCCACAUCCACCAAGCGAUCAAGUAGCCCCCCAGUCAAAACCUCGCAAACUGCCUGGCUGCAAGCAAGACUUGACUUUUAAGGCCAGGCUCCCCACAUCCACCGUAGUUGUACAGCACUACUCUCGGGACAGCAAGCAACAGCUCAAGCGAACCGAAUAACCGACGCGCAGGAAAUCUAGAAAACCCAGGUGAAAGAAAUCCAAGAAGUAUCUUCCAAAGGGGACUGACCUGUGGAGAAUGUUCUAUUGAGGAUUUCUUCCACGGUGAAGAUAUUGGAGGGAACCCAACACCCCCGAAACCAUGUGAGGGCCUUUGGCUUGCGUCAGCUGGGAUUGGAGCAUCGUAACUGAAUUGGGACUGCUGUUGCGUUUGUGUGUGUGUGUGUGUGUGUGAGAGAGACGCACAGGGAUACAAUGAUGUUCCGAGACCAGGUGGGGAUCCUGACUGAUUGGUUCAAAGGCUGGAAUGCGUGUGAGCAGACGGUGGCUCUCUUGUCACUGCUCAAGAGGGUGACUCGGACUCAGGCUCGCUUUCUCCAGAUCUGCCUGGAACACUCGCUGUCCGACUGCACAGAGAUCCACAUCCUAGAAGCCGAGGCAAACAAUGCUGCAAUCGUCAGCCAGUGGUACCAGGAGCCCAAGGAGAAGAUGGUCUCUCUAUUGCUCUCCCACCUGCCACUGCUGCAGCCCCGCAAUGCUGAGGCCAAGUGCGAAUACAUGAAGCUGCUUCAGAAAGUGCUCACCUACACCAUCGAGAGCAACCUGUUUGUGGAGGAGAGCCGGCAGCUGCUGUCCUACGCCCUGAUCCAUCCAGCCACGACCCUGGAGGACCGCACCUCCCUGGCCAUGUGGCUCAAUCACCUGGAGGAACACCUGUCCAGUGGCUACUCGGGCAGGGCUUCCUCCUCCUCUUCCUCUUCUGGCUACCACCCCCGGCAGGGCUCUGACGAGUGGACUGGCAGCCAGUCCGAGAUCGUGGACCCAGGCCACGUGUGGCAGGACAAACCAGCCAACACUGGGCAGAACGGGCACAUGCCCUUCCAUGUGUCCACUUCCGUGCCAUCCACCAUGAACAGUAUCAGGAGCAACACAGUUCUGUCAAGCCAAACCCACCCCAGCCCCCUGAAGAGGUCCAUGUCCCUGGUGCCCGCAAGCCUGCAGGUGUCUGGCAGUGAUUGGACCAGCCAGGAGGAUCUGGGCAUCCGGGGGUCCUACGUGUCCUCAGACCACGCUCCGCUCUCUCCCCAGAGCAGCGUGGCGUCCUCGGGCAGCGAGCAGACUGAGGAUCAGGGGAUGGGACGGAACACCUUCCAGGAGGAGGGCAGCGGGAUGAGAGAUGUCCCUACGUGGCUUAAAAGCCUUCGUCUACAUAAAUACGCAGCACUUUUCUCACAGCUGACCUACGAGGAAAUGAUGACGCUUACUGAGCAUCACCUGGAGUCACAGGUUUGGAAUGUUACAAAGGGAGCUCGACACAAGAUUGCCCUGAGUAUCCAGAAACUGAGGGAGAGACAGAGUGUCCUGAAGUCUUUGGAGAAGGACAUUCUGGAGGGAGGGAACCUGCGAAACGCUUUGCAGGAGCUUCAGCAGAUCAUCAUCACGCCCAUCAAAGUGCACAGCACGCCACAGGCGGCUCAGAGAGAGCCUGACUCCGCCUCCCAAGCAUCAGACAAGGGAGGCAAGCAGGGGGAGGACAAGGACCAGGCCACAGAGGGCUUCCAAUCCCCAAAUCCCUCUCCAUGUGACGCAGAACCGUCAGCAGCGCCCAUCCAUGAGGGAGACAUUGCGGGUCAGUUUACUAGAGUCAUGGGGAAAGUCUGCACUCAGCUUCUAGUUUCGAGACCAGAUGAAGAAAACAUCAGCUGUUACCUGCAGCUCAUUGAAAAGUGUUUAACGCAUGAGGCGUUCACAGAAACCCAGAAAAAGAGGCUGGUAUCCUGGAAGCAGCAAGUGCUAAAGCUGCUGAGAAUGUUUCCCAGGAAGACCAUGCUUGACAUGCCAGGCUACCGACAGAAAGGCUGGGCCUAUGGGUCAAACUCCCUCCCCACAGCGGGCUCUGUGGGCGCCGGGCUUAGCCGUCGGGGGCAGAGGCAGUUCCAGAUGCCCCCUCGAGGGCUGCCCCCCAGCCGUAUGGUGUUGCUAAGUCCAGCGAGCAUUAGCGGGGCCUCCCCUAGACACACCCUCACCAGCCCGGCACUAGGGGGCCAGGGCAGGCAGAGCCUGUGGUUUGCUAACCCCGGGGGCAGUAACAGCAUGCCCAGUCAGAGCCGCAGCUCAGUCCAGAGGACACACUCGCUGCCCGUCCACACCUCCCCACAAGCCAUGCUCAUGUUCCAGCAGCCUGAGUGCCAAGUACCUGGGACUGACCUGGAGAUCAGUCCCACGCUGGAGUCACUGUGUCUCAGUAUGACAGAACACGCCUUAGGAGAUGGCAUGGACAGAACAUCAACGAUCUGAAAACAACGACAGCAAAAAACAAAACGGGCUCCACUUCACUUUAUAUAAAACAGUUCUACCCUGGAUGGCUUUUUAUACUGGAGCUGUGGGAUGAAACGUCACUCGUAAACGACAAAGUACAGCAAAAUGGUCACUACAAAAAAAAAAAAACUGUGUGCAUAUGUUGUGAUAUUUUUCUACUUUAUUAUUCUUCAUAACUAAGGUUUAUUAUUAUAAAAAAAACAAAAAACAUUUAAACAAGGCAAAGUAAUCGCAAGAGUUUUGAAUACUUUUGAUUCAAUAGUUAUCCACUUUAUUCAAAAUGUCUGUCUCCUUCCGCCAGUCUGAAACAAGGUAAAGCAAAAUUGCCACAGGGGGAGGGAAAUGGGGGGGGGGGGUAGCUGGUUUGUGCUGGUCAUGUGAUUUUUGUUGGGGAAGGGGGGGUGGGCUGAACUACAUUAAUUUUGGAAAACAAAAGUUUUUACUUUGAAAUGUGGUCAAGUUGUGGCUUGAAGAAGCUCUUUAGACCCCCCACCCUUAAAUAGGCUGGUCCCCCCCCCCCAUGAAGUUCUAAUAGUUUUUCUUCUGUUGCGUAUACUAACCCUAGUGGGUCAUGAAAGAAACACAUGGUACCUGUUUCAGGACAAGCUUAAAAACGGUUCCUCUAGUUUUAUAGAAUGUGCAUGUUAUUACUAUAUUUAAAAAAAAAAAAAAAAAGAUAUUCACGUUUGCCAUGAAGUAUGUGUUUUGGUUGUUUGUGUGGUGUGGUUUUUUCUUUUUUUUUUUUUUUUUUUUUUUAAAUAAUCCAAGAGGGGUAACCAUAGCCCUGCAUUUAAAGUCAGAUUUACUUUAAUUUAAAUCUGGAUACUUCCCCUAUAUAUCCAGCAAUGAAGAGAUUCAAAUCCAAUACAGAAAAUGAGCCAUCAAUGCGUAGUGAAGCACUGCAUCUGUUUUGUUCGUAAUUGGCUUUCAAUGUGUUUUAUCAGACAGCAGUCAACAUCUUGAGCCAAUUGUGAGAAGUUCACCAGGGCAGCAGCUUCGUUUGGAUUCCCACUCGUUCACAUCUUUCUUUUCUACCUCCAUAACGGUUCUCUCAAACAGUUAGUUUUAGUAUGGAGGAAAUAUAUACAGUGUGAGUGUGUAACACGGUGCAGGCUUUUUAAAUAUUGACCUUUUCUCAGAUACAAUCCUCUAAGCUUCUGAAACAGCUUCUGGUUAUUUUUUUUAAGCAGGGGAAGCUUUCUGGAAUUUUUUUUUUGCCUAGUUUAGACAGCACCUAAACAAAGACCUUGCACAUAAUUGCAGAAUGUGAGAACGACCCAAAUAUUAUUUAGCCUUGCCUUCUCUCUCCCCAUCUAAACUGCUUUGGAUUGGUUUGAAGCAACAGGAACUAAGAUUCCUUUGUCUCCGCUGCUUGGCUUGACUUGACAGGUCUCCCGAAACAACAGUAUCUCACGUUAGUCUGUAAACCAUAACUUAAAACCUUUACGCUUAUGAUUAGCAUUGUCCCUCGACACACAAGUUCACAUCACAGAUUGCUUACACAGCAUCCCGACACACACGCACUCGUUCGACACAACAUAGUUAUUGACACAUCUGUACCGUAAUUGCGUGCACAAUACAGAAUUGACCUCUUUGCUUAGCACACGUUUUGUGUGCGAUUUCUAAAUAGAUAUUUAAUAGCUAAACUGACAUUCUACUGUGGAUGGUAACAGGGCUUGUUAAUAGGCAGGCUAGAUCGUGUUUUUUUUUUUUUGGUUUGGAGAUAGGAAACGGGUCGAAGGAUAUUUAACUUGUUGAGCAGGUUUCAGCUAUGGGGAAUGGUCUUUAAGUGUUGGAGAGUAAGAGUCGACACCAAUUCAGUAAGCUCUAAUAAAUGAUCUGAACUAUAUUAUUCUUGCUGUUUUGAGUUACUUCCUGUGACUUCCUCAUAUAUGGAAGUUCAUCUUGCACACCAGAGUGUAAUCGCCAGCAACACUAGCCCUAGUGGGUGUAAGAAGUAGAUUAGUAUAAAAUACCACAUAGAACAAUGUGGUGUUUCUUACAUCUAAUGGGAAGUUAAUGGGUGGGGAGAAUAUUUGAGAACCUAUGAAAUUUACAUGCAAAGUGAUUAAAAUCAACAAAAAGGGCAUUAUUUUGAGACAAAGCUAUAUACAAAGUGAAUAGAAACACAUUUGUUUAAUAUUUUAAACCCAUACCAAGGUUGUCUAAGGCGAAUACUAAUCUGGGACUAUGGAGGCAGAAUGCGGGAAUGUGGAUCCAUGUUUGGUUUGCGUCUUUCAAAUCCCAAACCUUAAAUUCUUUAUGAAACAUGGAUUAAAAAAUACCUCACUAAAUAAAAACCACAUAAAAGGUUGUAUGGGAUCUACUUUAUAUAUUUUUUUUUUCUUAACAAAUGUUUAACCAAUUUACCGAAGUGGCACUGUUGCAUUCUGCAGUUGCUCAUUAUAAUAGACGCCACUUUCUCAUAGUUUUCCCCCAGAAGGAGAUUCUCGUCUUUUUUCUAUCUGCUUUUUGAUCGCUGCUGUAGUGAAGGAAACAGCAUACUGCAGACUUUUAAAAAAGGCAAUGGUUUGUGGAUCUCUUAUUCGUUAAUUCUCGAUUUUCUUAAGAAUGUAGUUUUAGUAGUAGCUUGUUGUGACUUUUUUUUGUAGAAUUGAAUGUCCCUUUACAUAACUCAUAAUGUGAUCUUCUUUCAAAUUCCAAUACCGGUAUCUGCUCUUCUGUUAGUAGAUUUAGUUAGUAGCGAAGAGAGUGAAUAGCGAGUGGAGAAGAUACAAUGAUGUUCCACGUCCCAUUCCCCAAAUACACCAACAAAGAAAGGGUCUCAUUUGUGAUUUGUUUUGUCCUCAACAACACCGCCUGGUCAGAUUACUGGCAGGUUACUUUCAUUCGAUUUUUCAAAGAAGUGACUUCCUUCCUUCCAUUCAAAGCAGGUAACUUCACUCUGCCAAUCCCACCUACUCUUCAUUUAUACAGACAGAGUAGGUGGGGCUUUCCGGAUGGUUACAUUGUCGCAUGUGAAUGGAAUAACAUCCUGGCAUUUAGGAUUCUCCGGACAAGCUGAAAACAGGUGUAAAGGCUGAUUUUAGAAUGAUGAUUAGUCACUAUUGGAGCAACAGGACCACUCUCAAUAAGUAGUAUGUGAAAUGUAAAAAAGCAAUUCAAAUUCUAUUUAAAGCAAUCCCUAUGAAUCUCGGUGUAGAAGUGGGAGGUAUAUUCACAUUGGUUAUGCAUGUUUGAAGGUAAAUGACGUAGUUGCUUAUAUAAUGUAUAACCUUUAUUAUUCAAAGUCUGUUGGGGAUAUUUCAGUACUGUAGUACCGUGGCCAUCCUAAAUGUUUGACUGUCUGGGCUAGGGCAAUGGGUGUAUCGAGUUUGUCGGAGUAUUAAGUGAGGGAAAUGAAGAGUGAGAGGAUUUUGUAGGUUAUCGUUGGCUUUGUGUGCAGCUAAAACUUCACUUACAAGUAGCAAUUCGCCAAUGAGCAACAAUACUGGGGCGGGCAGGAUUUGAUUGUGCUGGGACGUAUUCAGUCAAUGUUUUUAUUUUUUCGUUUUGAAUUAGCUGAAAACUAACAUCGCUACUACCAUAUUAAAGUGAAGAAUUCUUAAGCCUGCUAGCCCCAUCAAAUUACCUAUGAAACAAGCCUGCUAGCCCCAUCAAAUUACCUAUGAAACAAGCCUGCUAGCCCCAUCAAAUUACCUAUGAAACAAGCCUGCUAGCCCCAUCAAAUUCCCUGUGAAACAAAGGCGGGAAACACGCUUCUGUUUAGCAGAAAGAUUUAUUCCAGACCCUGUUUAUGAAUUAGUUUGCUUGAUAUUUAUAAGAUUUUUUUCUUUGAACGAUAGGAAUGAAUAUAAACAGUUAUGUUGUCUCAUUUUCAAGCUGUGUUUUUUUGAAUAUUGGAAAAUGUGUCUCCGUGCUGUAAGCCUGGUCUUUGUAGAUUACAUGAAACCUGGAAAGCAAAGUCAGUUAUAAAUAGGCAUGUUUUUGGAUGGGUUUUUUUUGUCUUGCUGGCCUUAUUGGACAUGAAUGGGUUGUAUCCAAAACCAUACCUCACCCAACUGUAGAAACACAUAAUAGAGCCUGCUCCCCAGUCUUGUCAAUCCUCCAUUUUUAUACCAUUUCAAAUAUACUAUGCUUACCAUACUCAAAGCCACGCUUACGAAAAAUACUCAUGUCACUUGGCCAAGCCGAAUCAUGGCAACACAAUUAAUUGUGCAGUAAAUUGGCAACCGCAGAUGCUAGUUCCUAUGGGUUGCCAGACAGAGACUAUGGCUUAAUUGCCCAUGGGUAGCACUAAACUGAAAUACGAACACUACCAAAAUUCACUGUCCAACUAAAGCUAUAGAAUUCUCAGUCUCAAGAUGCUGUCUGACUUGUAGCAGUUGUAUUCUUUUUUGAUUGUGAACUGGUGACCAAUCGUGUAAAUGGAACGGUACUUGGACAAUGGGCAGGUACUGUGGUCUGAUGCUCUUUCAGCUAUAUGAUUGGUAGUUUGCCCUGUGACUUUUUAAACUGGCUACUUAAGCACCCUACAGAAGCUUAGCUGUGACUGGAACCCAAGCUUAAAAUCCUAUAAUUUGAAGACGUCUUGGUGAUUUUGUCAAUUGUAAAGCUUUUGGGAUGGGCACCUAGUAAGAUUUUUGCACAUACUGUUAGUGGGUGUGAUUCUGUAAUAAUUAACCCCAGUGCAAAGAUUGCACCAUUUAUGUUGUAAGGAAAACCACAAAAUGUUGUUAAAUUUGAAAUAUUAUGCAUCUUACAGUGAUUUCUUUUAAAUGGCUUUUUUUUUUUUUCUUUUUUUUUUAAUUGUACUAACUUGCUGUGGAGAAACGCUUUGUGUAAGUGAGCUAUCAAAUUUUCAGCACAUGUUCUACUACUAAGAUAAUACACAAGGCUUUGCAUUAGCCAGUUACCUAGCAGGUAUACAGCACUUCACUUAAAAUGAAACUCAGACUGCAUUUAAAAUAAUAAAACUAAUGAAGAAAGGUUAUUAAUGGCACUUCACAAAACGUUUGCUGUUCAUUUGGGUUCUGGUUGAUGACUUUGAUAGUUUUAAAUAGUUUGAAAAGUAAUAGAUUGUUUUAUAGAACUCUCAAUAGUUUUUCCUGCACCAGUAUUUCAGAUUAAAAGAUAGGGAAAGAAAUAUUUGGUCAAGCUGAUUUGAUUCCUCCGUAUGUUGCUGUAAGUAUACCAAACUUGUUUGACUGCAGUCAUACAAAACAGAUGUUAUUUUAGAUACGUUUUAUUAUGAAUAACUUGUGUUAUUUGCUAUGGCUGGUAACCAUGAGUACACUAUGAAAAAAUAUUAUAUAGUUGCUUGGUUUAUUAUUGCUUUGCUUUGUAAAGGCAAGUAAGCAAAAAAAAACUAAAAAACAAGCUGUGCUUAUUUUGUAAUUUUAUUUUGUUGUUGUUUGUACCUAUGGGGAGAGAGAGAGAAACCUUUCGCUGCCUUUACAUUGACACUAACGCAUCUUGUACCUAUAGACGAGAGCUUGACUUUGUAUUUGGGAAUUAAAAAUCAGUUCUCCUGUAAAUGUAUUUGUCUGCUAAUGAUAUCUCCUUUUUUAUUUUAUUUUUUUAAAACCUUUGGAAUUCGUUGAAAUGGACAACUGAAAAUAAAUGCUAGAGUCUUAAGUUGGUUCAAACAAGAUGGAAAGGUGUAUGCUGUUGUACAAUCCAAUCUGGAAAGGAACAGUACUCUUAUUCUUUUUAAAAGCUGUACUAUUUAUCCUAAACAAAGUCCCCUUGAUGUUUUACAAUGUUUGCAAUAAUUUUAUGGAUUUUAUUGCAAUAACUAAUUAUAUAUAUAUAGUCUCAAUAUGUUAAGGGGCUUUGACUGAGUUCAGGAGAUGCUCUUCAGUUCUAGUUGCUUGCCAUAGAUAUCAGUAGUAUAGACUAGGUCAAUCUGUCUUUCAGAGAAACGCUGGAUGACCUAGCCUAAGUUACAUGUAUCUAGGCAACUAACAGCUCCUCAUUUUAGUUGAAAGCACCUUAACAUAGACUUGGAGUAAGUAGAGGGGUUCUGAUUAAUAUAGCGUUACACGCCCCCGCGUGUUGCUACAAUUGUUUAAAUAAGCUACCUGUCAUUUCUCUUUUUAUUGUUAACAUCCUGACAAAAUGAUUACUGUGUUACCUCUUUGACAAUGUGGGCGAUAACCCUGACACUAACAGUGCACUAGAGUGGACAUUUUUGAAAAGAGCUUUGAAACAGACUUUAAAGUUAGAAGUGUAAAAAAUGGUCAGGAUGUUAAUGAAAAGAAAAUGUACAGGCGCGUUAUUUUAACAGUUUUAGCAACAUGUGGGGACGUGGAACGCUAGAUUUUUCAGAACCCCUCUACUUUGGCCACUCUCUAACUCAACCAGCAUCUGAGAAAUUGCACUUCUACUACUCAGAAUAAACUUAGACGCCAUAAAAAAGAUAAAGAAAGCAAAGUGAAGAACAUUUAAUUUUAAGCUCUUGCUCUGUGCUUGAUUUUCAGGAGUGAUCGAAACUUUUUUUUUCUCUCUUUUGCAGUAUAGUUUCCCUGUUAUUUAAUUUUGCACCACUAAAUUCUUACAAUCAGCCAAAAGUUCUGUGUGAAGGCAUCCCAUGUUCGAUCGCUUUUAAACUACGCUAUGGCUAUUUAAUUAGCACUUGUGUUUCCACUCAAUCACGCAGACAAUACGUUUCACAGACCCCAAUUAGCACUAAGGUAACAAUUGGGUACCCCAAGGUCAGUAUGAGUCGAGGUCUGUGAAACCGUUUGUUGGUUUCCUAAGCUUUGUACCCUUUGACGUUCUGCUGACCUGAAUUCUAGAUAGCAUUUAUUCAUUGUGGGAUGAAACUAAUCACACUCAAAAGUCAAACAAAUUGGCUUUAUCUUUUUUGGGUAAAAAAAAAAAUAUUUGAGUCAAAUACCUGCAGUUUACCUGAGUAAAAGGUGAAAAUGAAAUGCGUUCUUCAUUUGGGGAUUAAGUUUGAUUUGAGAAAACACACAAUACAAAACUUAAAACCAAACUCAAUGGAGCAUCUGUUGUGUCAAACACUUAAGCACACCUGACGUUAUGGAACUGCAUUUACAAAUAUACAAAUAAUGUACCUUUUUAAUUUGGGGUGGCAUCCUACCAUUAAAAUGGCUUUGUUAUAAAAUGGUACAAGCAGGUAACAAUUGUCUAAAUAUCCUUUCCUUAGCAGUCGAGGUAUGUGUUCAGCUUGUAUUAAAUGCAAACAGCUAGAAAAGCAAUUGUUUUUAAGGAAUAUUUUUAAGAGGCUUUCUUAAAUAGUGCUUUGAAAAUGUGAAACCCUCUCUAAGGUUCUGAACUGCAUGUUUGAUUUGUUUAAUCAAAAUGGGCUUUUAAAAAAAUAACAAUCCUUUAAAAAAGAUAUUCCUUAAAACAAUCUUUAAAGUUAUAUUAAUAGUGUGCUUGAGUGAGACUUACAAAUAGCUGGUAAAAAUUAAGAAUUAAGACUUAAGAAUAUGGAUUGAGUCUUGCAAGUACCUUAACCCUUUCCAUCCUGUUGGGAUCACAUUGGAACCUCACGAGACUCCUAAGUCCCAGUCUGAGGUUGUGUGUGUAUAUAUAUAUAUGUUAUUCAAAAAAAAAAAAAAAAGUCCUGUUCUUUGGCUUGACAAAAAUAAUUGAGGACUGAAAGGCUUAAAUGGUAGACUUUUGUUUUUAAAUGGUUGUUAAGUUUGCCUAUUUUGUUUUCAUUUUUAAAGAAACGUCUUUUAUUUAUUCAUUAUUUCAUAGUUUCAUCAUUUGACAGGUCAGGUUUUAUUUCAGCUUUCCAAAGGUUUGACAAAUGCAAAGGUACUCCUGCUUUACAGCACUAGUGGGUGGGCAAGGUGAGAGUGUGUACAAGGGGAAUCUGAACCCUCUUUUCUGUGUAAAUGCAGCUUUGUGUUGUUUUGUACUGGCUACAGGUGCAGAGCUCUGUACUUUUUUUUUCCUUUCGAUAAGAAUUAUUUAUAUACCUUACCGCUGCAUGCAGAUGAUAAAUAAAAGAAAGAAAAAAUCUUCAAAAAUG